UGUAUUCAUUGUUAAAAAACAGGAGACCGCGGUAGCAAGUGUUUCGAGAGCAGCAGAAUUAUAGAGGUGUAUAGUAAGGAUUGUAUGCUGAAGGGGGCGUUUCUACUAUUUUUCCCGCUAGCCCUUUAAAACCGCAUGCCUGAGAGACCUUUCCUUUCCUGCAUGGACCAUGUCAGAAAUUGCUGAUAAUGUUCUCUGUGAGAAGUUUGAAGCCAAUAUAUUUGCCAAGAGCCGGUGCCAGAACUGUUUUCGAACGGCUAGUGCACACCACCCUGGUGACCAGGCAGCAGAAGCACAUGCACUGAAAACUCUUGAAGGUGGAGAUGCUACCAAAGAAUCCAGUCUCUGUGAGCCGUGUGACCCCUUGUGCAUCUUAGUGCCCCAGUGUGAGCUGUAUGUAUGCCUGGGAUCUGAGGACACAACUGAGAGCUGGCAAGAAAGCUUGGAGUACACCCAGCUCAGCAGCAGAGCUGAGGAAGAAUUCGAGGAAGCCACUGACUGUCAUGACACCAGCACCGUCACCAGCAUUGAUACAGACACCAAUGCCACACUCUGUAGGGACUGGGAAAUGACCAGGCUCCUUGAGAGCAUUUUGGAAUCUGACAAAGACGACAUGAUGUACUAUGCAGGCCAGAAGCAAGAGGUACGACCUGAAAACCUUCAUUCUGAUCUACCCAGAUGGACUGAGACAGCAGCAUCCUCUAGGUCUUGUGGAAGAAUAGAGUCAUGGAGUUGUCUGAAACCAGAUCCCAGAGCUGUCAACCAGGAUUGUGGGGAAGCCAGGAAGAAGCAUCACGCAGAGAGUGGCUAUUUCUCUCUGGAGCGUCGGAAGUCCGAACCGAACCGGGCUUCUUCCCCACCCCGUAUCAGCCGCAGCGCUUUGCCUGCCCAUGGUGAUGUCACGGGGACAGGCAGGUGGCCGGCAUCAUCCUUCAGCUCGGCAGACUCUGACCUGAGUUGGCGUACAAGCGGCAGCAGCGAGGGCCGGCAUGGACUGAUGAGGCAGGAGUACACGGUAUUGGCUGACCUCCCCAAGCCAAAGCGGCUCAACCACCGGCAGGCAUUUGAAAAAGACCGCAGCAGCUCCCGCACCCGUAGUCCUGGCCGGGCAGAGGUGGAGCGAAUCUUUGGACACGAGCGCAGGAAGUCGGAGACCCUGGGGGCCUUCCAAGCCCUGGAGGAGGGGCUCCUAGACCGGCUGGACAGUAAGAGCCUGAAGCUGGCCAAGGAAGGACGGCUAGUCAGAAGGAAAUCCAGCCCCACUCUGCGGAGAGAAGUGAACAAAAAAACCCCUUGGGAGGCGGAACAGCCCAGCAGAAGCAGAGGAGAAUCCCUGCGCUUGGGGAGACCUGAACUGCGGCCCGAGAGAAGCAGCAGGAGCCAAGGCGAGCCUCUGUGCCCGGGGAGUCCAACUCAGCGAAAGGAGAGGGAGAGCAGGAGCAGAGGGGUGUCUCAUCAGGCAGCGGCUCCUCAGGCAGCGGCUCCUCUGGAGAGAGAGAGGAGGAAACGGGAGGAGCCCGUGCACCAUCAGAGAGCGGGGAGAGAGAGGACUUCCCUUCAUGCCACGAGUCCUGGGAAGCAAACGGAUAAUAGCAGAAAGAGCCAAACGGAGCCCUCGCAUCACAAGAGCUCAGGGAAGACCUCGGACACGAAAUGGAAAACCUGCCUGAAUGCCUUGCACGGUGCCAGCCCUGGAAAGAGCUUGGACAAGAGUCAAGCAAGCCACCGGAGGGGCUUGCAAGAGCUGAGCAAGCCACAAGAGAGGUUCAGAGAAAGUGACCGGAAGGCCCGUGGCAAACCUUUGCUCCCCAUAGACACUGCCGAGCAUCCGAGAAAGGACACACAAGACGACAGAGGAGCCAUGCGUGCUCUCAGCCCAGGGAGGGGAGUGACAGCCAGUGGGAAAGGUGGGCAGACCCUCAGUCCUCCAAGAUGCACGGGGGAUAGUUGGGGAGCCCAAAGAGAGUUCAGGCGUGCUCUCAGCCCGGGAAGAGAUGCUGGGAUUGGCCUGAAAAGUCACGGGGAGGCUGGGGGUAUGUUCAGUCCUGGGAGAUGCACAGGCGGAGGUCAGAGAGAGACCAAGCGCGCUCUCAGCCCGGGAAGAGAUUCUGGGAUUCGUCUGAAAAGUCACGGGGAGGCUGGGGGUAUGUUCAGUCCUGGGAGGUGCCCAGGUGGAGGCCAAAGAGACACUGCACGCUCCUUCAGCCCAGGAAGAGAUGUUGGGAUUGGCCUGAAAAGCCAAGGGGAGGCUGGGGGUAUGCUUAGUCCUGGGAGAUGCACAGGUGGAGGCCCAAGAGAGAGUGGGCGCUCCCUCAGCCCAGGAAGAGGCAGAGAAGGCAGCUGGAGCAGCUCUGGAGAGGUCAGACGUUCUCCUAGUCCUGGGAGGCCAGUGGAGGGUAGCUGUUCAUGCCCAAAGCAGGCAAGAGGCUGUGCUGUUCAUGGGCAACCCGCAGAGCACAGCUGGGAAAGCCAACAGGAGGCCCCUGCCAGGAACCGAAGGACCUGCACAGAUAGUGACUGGCCUGAUGAAGCAGAGCCAUUGAACCCUUUUGCACUUAUGAAAGAGAGUGACUGGAAGGGUUAUGGCAAAUCCUUACGGCCCACAAGUCCAUCGGUUACUAAGCAGCAGGUGGUGGGCAAAGGAGAGCUCCCUCACUCCUUGAAUCCAGCCUGGAGAUCAGAGACUGGCCAGAAGAGUCAAGAAGGGCCUUUAGGCCAUGUCCAUCCCAUGCAGCUCUUGGAAAGGGAGUGGGGACGUCCAGGAGAAUACCUGCAUUCCACGAAACCAGAACAGCAGCCAUUGGGGAGUCACCGAACACACCAAGGGAGUUCAACAGGAUGGAUGGAGGAUGAGUGGAACGAUCAGGGAAGGUGUCCAGGUCUCAUGAGGCUAGAGAAGCAAGUGGAGAAUGACUGUCGUAACGAGGAUAAGCUCUUGCACCAGCAUCAUCUGGAUGGAGGACCACCUGUGGCAAAUGUCCGUUCCUCAAGAAGCCAAGACCUGUAUCUGAGCACCAGUAAGAAACACCAGCCAGACCUUCUCAAUUUCAAGAAGGGAUGGAUGUCCAUAUUGGAAGAGCCUGGAGAGUGGACGAAGCACUGGUUUGUGCUGACAGACUCGAGCCUGAGAUACUACAGGGACUCCAAUGCUGAGGAGGCAGACGAUCUGGAUGGGGAGAUUGACCUACGCUCCUGCACCGAUGUGACGGAAUAUUCAGUGCAGCGCAACUAUGGCUUCCAGAUACAUACUAAAGAUGGUGUCUUCACACUGUCUGCGAUGACAUCGGGAAUCCGGCGGAACUGGAUCGAGGCACUGAGAAAAAGCGUGCGUCCUGGCAGUGUGCCAGAUGUGACAAAGCUAUCUGACUGCAAUAAGGAGAACUCCUUCCGGAGCUACGGAUCACAGAAGAGCAGAUCGGAGGAGCAGCGGCCAGGCGCAGGCUCGGAGGUUAUAUCCAGAGGUGGCGGCAGCAGCAGGAAAGCAGAUGGGCAGCGCCAUGCUUUUGACUACGUUGAGCUGUCUCCCUUGCAGCAGGGACCUUUAAAUCAGGGGUCCCCACAACGGACCAGGGGGAGCGUAAGAGCUGCUGAUGGAACAGCCAAGCGGGAGGACCUGGAGCGGGACUUGGCCCACCGCUCAGAGGAAAGGCGGAAGUGGUUUGAGUCCCCAGCCAGUGGAGUCCUGCAGACGGAUGGCUUGGCAGGGGAACAUUACCCCACAGCAGGUGGCCCGGAGCCUUCAGGGCCUCCCCUCUCAGUGGCUCAGAGGAAUCGCCUAAGUGAGGAGAUUGAGAAGAAAUGGCAGGAGCUGGAGCGCCUGCCCCUGAAGGUCUCCAAGCGGGUACCACUGAUGGCCCUGCUGAACCAGGGCAAAGGAGGCCACAGCGAUGCAAACGAGGCCCUGGAAAAAGAGGUGCAGGUCCUGAGGUCACAGCUGGAGUCCUUGCAUGUCCAAAGUGAGGAAAAAUCCCACCGAGAUGGGCACACACCUCGAGGCUACAUCUCUCAGGAGGCCUGCGAACGCAGCUUGGCCGAGAUGGAGACUUCCCACCAGCAGGUCAUGGCCGAACUGCAGCGGCACCACCAGAGAGAGAUGGAGCGGCUCCAGAAGGAGAAGGAGCGCCUUCUGUCUGAAGAGGCGGCUGCCACGGCUGCAGCAAUUGAAGCACUUAAGAAGGCACACAGAGAGGAACUGAGCAGAGAGCUGGGCAGGACCCGUGGUUUCCAGAAGGGCAGCUUAGACCCAGAUGCCCUCCGGCGGCAGCAUCAGUCUGAUGUGGAGUCUCUGAAGCGGGAGCUGCAGGUCCUCUCAGAGCAGUAUUCCCAGAAGUGCCUGGAGAUCGGGGACCUGGUACAGAAGGCGGAAGAGCAGGAGCUGACUCUGCAGCAUUGCCAGCAGGAGGGGAAGGAGCUGCUACGGCAAAACCAGGAGUUACAGAGGCGCCUCUCGGAGGAGAUUGGGCAGUUACGGGCCUUCAUUGCAGCCCAGGCCUCACGGGAUGGUGCUUCACCCAACAGUGAAAGGAGCUCUUGUGAGCUGGAGGUACUGCUCCGAGUGAAGGAAAACGAACUCCAGUACCUGAAACAGGAAGUCCAGUGUCUUAGGGAGGAACUCCAUAUGAUGCAAAAGGAUAAAAGGUUUGCUUCUGGGAAAUACCAGGAUGUCUACGUGGAACUGAACCACAUCAAGCGGCGGUCAGAACGAGAGAUUGAACAGCUGAAGGAGCAUCUCCGCCUGGCUGUGGCAGCUCUACAGGAGAAAGAGACACUACACAAUAGCAUUGGUUAGUUGGCUUUGUCCCUCUCUUUGGAGGACAAGACUCAAUCCCAUCCGAUGUCCCCCUCGAGGAAAUGGGACCAAGCCUCCAUCAGUGACUAUCCAUCACGUGCACCUGCCUGCCUCGGCAUGUUUGGGCUGGAUCCUACUACUUGCACCUUCUUUGGGAUUUUAUACAUGAAAAUAUAUUUUAUAUAGUUUUGGGGUGGGUGGGUUACAUUUUAAAGUCUAUACUAUGUUUUUAGCCAGCAGUUGACCAGAAAAGUGAGCCAGGUCCUUUCCCCUCCAGCCUCCUUUCAGUCAUCCAUUGAUUUCCCUCAUCCAGAUCCUUGAGUGCAACUAAACACAUACAUGGCCACCUGCUUCCAUUCAUGCUCAAGCAAGCAUUCACAUACAUCCCAACUUGUACUGUGAGAGUCUCCUUGGAUGGACAUUGUUGAUCCACGUUGACAUGUGUUUUUGGAUGCACUGUGUGCUGGGAGGAUAUUACAUUGAUGGUUUUGAUGAGGAACUGGUUUUGAGCAAAGACUUUCUGGAGUUUCAGUGUUUCGUGUUUUCGAAGGAUCUGAAGACUGACCAUUUGCUUUCAUGUACUCCAAGCAAAGGCAGACUUUUUAAUAUGGAUGAAACGUCUAUGCAUCCCACUACAAAGCAAGCCCCCACUGGAGUUUGUCUUCCACCUGACUACUCCUGUGCGGAGGGAUACCCUGCUGAUGCUGCCAGAGCCAAACAAUGACGGCAGCCUAUUAUUUCUUUCUUCGCAGUUAUAAACUAACUUAAUAAAAACCUCGGAUAUAAAAGGUGA